GAACUUAAAACUCAAUUCACAAUUCAUAAAAUCCUAAACCUUUUCUUCUUCCCCAGGUAGAGAAGAGAAGAGAGAGAGAGAGAGUGAAAAUGGCAGCGUUGUUGAGGAAGCUAGCCAAGGCUGCACCCAUAGCAUUUCGAGGCGAUUCCAAGUCAAAUUUUGCUGAUCCUCGCUUCCCCUUUGGAGCUAUUGCAGCCGUUGCUGGAUGCGUCUCUUAUUAUUACUGCCAUUCUUCUGCGAAUUUGGUGUACUUGGAGCAAAUCAGUGAAGAUUCGGGUAAAAAAGUUGCUCUAAAUCCUGAUAAAUGGAUUGAAUUUAAGCUGCAAGAUCGAGCUCCAGUUAGCCACAAUAGUCAUCUAUUCAGGUUUUCAUUUGAUCCUUCUUCAAAGUUAGGUCUUGAUAUUGCAUCUUGCAUUCUUACGAGGGCACCAAUGGGAGAAAAUGCUGAAGGAAAACCAAAAUAUGCCAUUCGGCCUUACACUCCUAUAUCUGAUCCAGAAGCCAAGGGAUACUUUGAUUUGUUAAUUAAGGUUUAUCCAGAAGGGAAAAUGAGCCAGCAUUUUGCAAAACUGAAGCCGGGGGAUAUACUUCAAGUAAAAGGGCCCAUUGAGAAAUUGCAUUACAGUUCAAACAUGAAGAAACAUAUAGGCAUGAUUGCGGGGGGCAGUGGCAUCACUCCUAUGCUCCAGGUGAUAGAGGCCAUUCUUAAGAAUCCUGAUGAUAAUACUCAGGUCUCAUUGGUUUAUGCUAAUUUGUCACCUGAUGACAUACUGCUAAAGAAGAAACUUGAUGUACUUGCAGCCACCCAUCCGAAUCUCAAGGUGUUUUACACUGUAGACAAUCCAACCAAUGAUUGGAGAGGCGGCAUAGGUUACGUAUCAAAGAACAUGAUUGUGAAAGGAUUACCUCCGCCUGGUGAUGAUACACUUAUUCUUAUUAUAUUGAGGAUAUGGAAUUGGAAGACCCACCACUCAGAUGUGGCAACUUUACUUGGAGAAAAGGGGAUCGGCAUGUCACAACGACAAGAUUGGAUAGGUUCCUAUUUCAGAAGAAUGAAAGAUAUCUUUCAACCGAAAUACACCAUUGGUGUAUGUGGUCCUCCUGGGAUGAUAAGACAUUUAUCUGGGGAAAAGCCAAAUCCUCGUGAGCAAGGCGAGCUAACUGGACUACUCAAGGAUGUGGGCUUUACAGAGAACAUGGUUUACAAAUUUUAACUGUGUUCCCUUACCUUUCAUUGAAUAAAAGGCUUGUUUUGAAGAAGCACAGUACUAAAACAUAAAGCAAGGGUUUGGAUGAGUAUUCAUGAAGUUUUCCGUAUGUCGUUGUAUAGAUUAUGUGAAAUGAGAAUUGAUUUGGAACCGUCUAGAAAAUAUUCAUUCUUGGGAAAAAAUGAAAAACUUGAUAUCUUGCUGACCCCUAUUAGUACUAAAUUUUGCGGAGGUAAGUUUCUCUUUUAUUUCAUUUUCCUGUCCUUUUUAUAUUGCACAUGUGGACAGAAAAGCAACAUGGAACCGUUUUAUGUUCCAACAAAACGUCAUAUUGAUCUUGUAUGA